CGUUCCCUACAGUCUCUCCAACUGCAGCUCCAGACAAAGGGUGUGGGUAUGGGCCAGGACGUAGCGUGGACUACCUUUCUGCUGGGAUUGUUUGAGUUAAUGGCUGAACCAUCAGGGGACGGAUUCGCGAAACACAUGCUCUAUGGCACAUCAAAGGUACUGCAGCUUGCUGGUCUGGACGCCCAACAGUCAACAUUGCAGAAGAGAUUGCUUAAUGCAUUUCGGGUGCUAGAAGCAAAUAGAGCAAUUCUAUACGGAGACGGCACAUUUUUGUCGAAGGGCAAGUGGAGCUUCAAUAACAGAAUCAGAAACAAGCAAGCUGUAGUUCCUGAUCCUAUGGUGGAUAUAACAGAGCUGAUGAUACAAACGUCACAAUUCAGCAAGCAGCUUUUCCAAGUCGUUGAGGAUACUCCCGCGGAGAAAAGAUCCAACAGUCCUGCUAUCAAAGCUCUGGCUCGCGAAGGAACCGCGUUAGAUCAUAGAAUCACCAUCUGGAACAAGGAUAGCCUCUUACAGUCAGCCGUUGCAGAUCACUUCACCCAAAUCUCAUUUGCGUAUUAUUACGCUCUCCAGCUCUUCCACUGCAGAAAUUUUACUUAUUAUUCCUGUUGGGAGACUGGGACAGUUCCCGAGUUAAGCCCGCUUGAAACAAACGCGUACGUUGCGGCAAUCAUAGAUAUAUGCGAUACAAUCAUUCGGGCUUCUAAUAUACCUGGAGUUAUUCUCCUGUUUCCAUUACGGAUGGCAGGAGCACAUGACGACUUUGGGCAUAGAAGUAAGAUUCUGAAACUCCUCCAGCAAAUUUACAACAGUGGCUUUGCAGUGGCGGAGAGAAUCAAGGUAGAUUUAUGCGAUUUCUGGACAUUCAAAGGUUUGGAGGUUUCGAUCGAGAAGAAUAGUUAAAUAGUUGUCUAGGUAAACAUGCUCAAGAUACAAAGUACCUG